CAAUCUCAUAUUAAAGAUCAACGUUAUAAUAAAAAAUCACAAAAGUUUUACAUCAAGAUGUUCAAGAUGUUGAAUGAACAAAAAUUCAAAAUACCGGCGUUGGAUUUGAUAGGUAAAGCAGAUUCAAGAGAUCCUAAUCUAAUAUGGUCCAAAUCAAAAUUAUCAGAAUUUUUAAAAUUGGACCCUUUACAAGUUGAAAACUUGCACAAGAUUCAUGAAGAUGUUUUCAAUCAGUUGCCAUAUAAAUUCCCAAAGAACCUAUAUAGAGGUAAUGGGAUUGUUUUAAUUGGUGGUGUUCAAUAUUCUUGGUUAUCAUUACUUUCAAUCAAAUCUGUUCGAUCAUUUGGUUCAAAUUUACCAAUAGAAAUGAUUAUUCCAACACCUGAAGAAUAUGAACAGGAAUUAUGUGAGAUUGUAUUACCUUCAUUGAAUGCUAAAUGUGUUUUACUUCAUAACGUUUUCGGCGAAGAAGUUAUGGAUACUGUUAAAUUCUCAGGUUAUCAAUAUAAAUCACUUGCAUUAAUUGCUUCAUCAUUUGAAAAUGUUUUAUUAUUGGAUAGUGACAACAUACUUGUUAGUAAUCCAGAUGAAUUAUUUGUGAAAGAACCUUUUAAAACAUCUGGUAUGGUGUUGUGGCCUGAUUAUUGGACAAGAACUACAUCGCCAUUAUUCUAUGAUAUUGCUGGUAUUAAUGUUACAAACACAAGAGUACGUAAGGGGAAAUGGCCAUUAAUCCCUUCAGAAAUUGUGGAAGAAUUGGAUAAAGUUCCAUUGCAUGAUUUAGAAGGAUCCAUACCUGAUUUAUCAUCUGAAAGUGGUCAAUUAUUAAUUAGAAAAACAGAUCAUUUGAAGACAAUAUUGUUAUCAUUGUUUUAUAAUUUAUAUGGUCCUAAUUUCUUUUAUAAGUUAUUAUCACAGGGACAAAGUGGUGAAGGUGAUAAAGAUACUUUUAUUGCCGCUGCUAUUAAGUCGAAUGAACCAUUUUAUCAAGUUAAGAGUGAAAUUCAAUCAUUUGGAUGGUUUGAUGAAGGAAAUUUCAAUGGUGUUUCUAUGGGUCAAAGAAAUCCAAUUCAAGAUUAUGAAUAUUAUCAAAAUUUCUUGAAAACUCUAGAACCUAAAUUUGAAGAAUAUGAUACAAGAGCUGCACCAAUCUUCACUGUCCACGCUAAUUUCCCUAAAUUGAAUCCUUAUUUAUUGUGGAAAGAGAAGAAAUUAUUCAAUUCCAAGAAUGAAGAAGUUCGAUUAUAUUCAGAUAUUUCAAAUUUCUUACCUGAACCAUUUGAUUUUGAAUUAGUUCAAUAUAGAAGAAUGAAAUCAUUACUGUGUGAUUUGAAAAUCAAAUUGAAUUAUUUUGAAGAUGUUGAUAAAGAAUCAGUAUGUAAAUUUAUUGAUAAUCAUAUCACUUUUUUA